UUCAGGUUCUGCCUUUUACUCACUCUGACGGUCACAUGGCUUGUUCUCCAUUUCUCUUUGGUGUUUUACUUUGCACCGCAGGAACUUUGAGCAUGAAGACAUUAAAUCAUGUAACUCUGAAAGAAAAUGGAAGCAUUACAAUCCCCUGUCUGUAUGAAAAUCAGUAUAAACCAAACUUAAAAUACUGGUGUAAAGGGUAUUUUUGGGCUUCUUGCAAAGUUAAAGCUCAUGCAAAUGAUACAGGGAAAUGGACUAUAACCGAUUAUCCAGCCUACAAUAUUUUUACUGUGAAACUCAACAAUCCAACGUCAUCAGACUCUGGAUCUUACUGGUGUGCUGUGGAGAUUGGCACUCAUGCAAACCCAGAUUACAGAAAAUAUUUGUAUGUAACAGUUAAAUCAGCUCCUGAUGUGUCUGUGUCGAGCAGCAGUGUAUGUGGACAUGAAGGUGGUGAUAUCAGUGUUCAGUGUCUCUACAGUUCUGGAGAUCAGAAUAAAGUCAAACAGUGGUGCAGAUAUAAAGAUCAGAGAUGUUACACAGUGGGGAGCGCUGACACAUCCCAGAAUCCAUCAGUGCAGAUCAGUGAUGAUGAUGGGAGAAGAUCCUUCACUGUGCUGAUGACUGGACUGAGAUGGACUGAUUCUGGCUGGUACUUCUGCUCUGUAGGAGAUCUGCAGGUUCCUGUUCAACUCCUUGUUCAGAGAGACAAUGAAAAUAAAACUGAAAGUGACGAUGCUGGUCUAUAUCCCUCCAUAUGCAGAAACCAAACCGCAGGCAAAAAUAUGGAGGACAGCAACUUCUCCCCUGACGGCUCAUCUGACCAGAUGCACUGGACUUUUCUCCUCCUCUAUACUGCUCUGCCUCUGCUUCUGUUACUCUUGCUGGUUUUAGUAAUCUGGAGGCUUGCACAAAAACACAAAGGGGCUUUGAUCCAAAAACGAGGACCAGACGUCUAUUCUGUGGCAAAAAGUCCAAUGACUGUUGCGUAUGACACUGUGGUCUUCAAGAAAGCAGAAGAUGGUGAACAAAACCAGGUCUCCAUUAGCCGUCCUCCUGAACGAUAUGAAGUGAUCUACAGCACUCCGAAACUUCAAUAACAGAUGAUCUCUGGUCAUUCACAUUAUGAAUAUUACGAUGUUAAGUAAUGACAUCUUCUGUUAGGAAAUUAAGUGUUGCAUGCAUGAAAGGUCAAGAUUAAAUCAGAUUAUUAGAAGCAAUCUGUAAAAUUUUCACUGUUGGUAGAGGUACAUGUACUUCUGCUAUUCUGCUUUUAUUCUUAGUCGAUGUAAGAAGCAAAACUGAAACAUCUUUAACACGUCAGAAACUGACACAAUGAGUUCUGGUCAGUUUAUGAUUAGUUACACAACUUCAGAGAAACCAGAAAACAAUUUACUGGAUUAGUCAAUAUUUGUCUAAGAAUAAAAAGCAUUUUUUUUUUUAUUAUUGAGCUGCUAUAUAUUUUAGCAUUUUUAUUGUUGUUUGUGUAAGGCUUAGUUGUAAAAAGUACUUCAAAUGAAUAUUUUUAAUGGAUAUGCAA